AGCCGUGAGAUCGAAGAUUCGAAUUGAGAAUAAUGCCUUCCCAGAAGAUUGAAACAGGCCACCAAGACACCGUUCAUGAUGUGGCCAUGGAUUACUACGGCAAGCGUUUGGCAUCAGCAUCGUCUGAUACCACCAUCAAGAUAAUUGGUGUGAGCUGCAAUUCUACUUCGCAGCACUUGGCAACAUUGAGUGGCCACCAAGGUCCUGUUUGGCAGGUUGCAUGGGCACACCCCAAAUUUGGCUCCAUCCUUGCUUCCUGCUCUUAUGAUGGCAGAGUGAUCCUUUGGAAGGAAGGUAACCAGAACGAGUGGACUCAGGCCCAUGUUUUUGAUGACCAUAAAUCCUCUGUCAAUUCCAUUGCUUGGGCUCCUCAUGAACUUGGCCUUUGCUUGGCUUGUGGGUCAUCUGAUGGAAACAUAUCGGUCCAUGCUGCCAGGGCCGAUGGUGGAUGGGACACGACAAAGAUUGACCAAGCUCACCCCGUCGGUGUCACCUCUGUUUCAUGGGCCCCUUCAAUGGCUCCUGGUGCACUUGUUGGAUCUGGCAUAUUUGAGCCCGUCCAGAAGCUUGUUUCUGGUGGCUGUGAUAACACUGUUAAGGUUUGGAAGCUCUACAAUGGAAAUUGGAAGAUGGAUUGCUUCCCUGCCCUUCAAAUGCACAAUGAUUGGGUUAGGGAUGUUGCUUGGGCGCCUAACUUGGGACUUCCAAAGUCAACAAUUGCAAGCGCUUCACAGGAUGGAACUGUUAUUAUUUGGACUGUAGCUAAGGAAGGUGACCAAUGGGAAGGCAAGGUUUUGAAUGAUUUUAGGACCCCGGUCUGGAGGGUCUCAUGGUCACUUACAGGAAAUAUAUUGGCUGUAGCAGAUGGAAACAACAAUGUAACAUUGUGGAAAGAAGCGGUUGAUGGGGAAUGGCAACAGGUGACUACUGUUGAGCCAUAGACUACCUGUGCUUAUUCAUCUUAAUGCUGCUAUCUCAUGGUUUUUGGUCGGCCGCUAGAUUGCCUGGUCCCCCCCUUCCCCCUUUGCUUUCUUACUGUUCAGAUAGACUCAAGUGCCUAUUCAUCUUAGUGCUGCUUUCUCAUGGUUUUGGCCAUGGCCAGCACUAGAUUUCAAAUUUUUUUUUCUCUUUCAUUUCUUGCUGUUCAGUUAGACUUUAUUCCCUUUUGAGGGUGUUGAUUUCUUUACACUCUUUGUAUCGGUUAGAUAUUGGUUCUACCAAUUUAUUUUAAAAUGACUAGUGGGAUUGAUGAGCACUUUACAGA